GACUGACUGAGCGACAGUUCUCACCGGUCCGGAAGGUGAUUUCGGUCGGGACUCAGAAUCCAGACCCCUGGGGCCUAUGUAGGAGCCCGAAACCAAGAAAAUGAGGACCACAGGUAACAGGUGACUUGCGCAAUCACCAUGAGACUUGCUGGUAUAUGUCCAGAGUGAACCAACCAACGUUCUUUUGUUGCCUUUCUAGUCAGGAGAAACAUGAACCAGAAACUACUGAAGUUGGAGAACUUGCUGCAGUUUCACACUAUUUGUAGGCAGCUACACAGCCUGGGUCAAAGAAGAAUGUUAGCACACCGGAGUCAUGGGUUUUCAUCUGCUUACCUGAUGUGGACACCUCAGCUGAAAGCCUGGCCCUGGCAAACAGACAUACUCGUAGGGGCUGCUUUAUCUCAGUAUAGGCUUCUAGUAACAAAGAAGGAAGAAAGACCACAGAAAUCUCACUUAUCUUCAAAAAAAUCUAAAAAGGAGGUACAAGUAUGGAUUGGAAUGACUGUUGAGGAGCUGGCUAGAGCAAUGGAAAAAGACGUAGAUUAUGUAUAUGAAGCUUUACUGAACACUGCUAUUGACAUAGAUUCUCUAGAAGCAGAUUCACAUUUAGAUGAAGUUUGGAUUAAAGAAGUGAUAAAGAAGGCAGGAAUGAAGUUAAAAUGGAGCAAAUUAAAACAGGACAAAGUCAGAGCAAAUAAAGACGCUGUAAAAAGGCCCCAGGCAGAUCCAGCUUUAUUAACCCCAAGGUCCCCAGUUGUUACUAUAAUGGGCCAUGUUGAUCAUGGGAAAACGACGUUACUUGACAAACUUCGAAAAACUCAAGUGGCAGCAAUGGAAUUUGGAGGCAUCACUCAGCACAUUGGGGCCUUUCUUGUAUCUCUGCCUUCUGGGGAGAAGAUAACGUUUCUUGAUACUCCAGGACAUGCUGCUUUCUCAGCAAUGAGAGCCAGAGGUGCUCGGGUCACAGACAUUAUCAUAUUGGUUGUAGCUGCAGAUGAUGGGGUGAUGAAACAAACUGUAGAAUCUAUUCAGCAUGCCAAAGAUGCUCAAGUUCCUAUUGUCCUUGCCAUAAACAAAUGUGACAAAGCUGAGGCUGAUCCUGAAAAAGUGAAAAAAGAGCUGCUGGCUUAUGAUGUGGUUUGUGAAGAUUAUGGAGGUGAUGUUCAAGCAGUGCAUGUCUCUGCACUUACGGGUGCUAACCUGAUGGCUUUGGCAGAAGCAACAGUUGCUCUUGCAGAAAUGUUAGAGUUGAAAGCAGAUUCCACUGGUCCAGUGGAAGGAACAGUAAUAGAGUCUUUCACAGACAAAGGAAGAGGUCCUGUUACUACAGCUAUAAUUGAAAGAGGAACUUUGAGAAGAGGCACAGUUUUGGUUGCGGGAAAGAGUUGGGCAAAAGUACGCUUAAUGUUUGAUGAAAAUGGAAAAACAAUCAGUGAGGCCUAUCCCAGCAUGCCAGUGGGAAUUACAGGCUGGAGAGACCUUCCUUCUGCAGGAGAUGAAAUUCUUGAAGUAGAAUCUGAGCCAAGGGCACGUGAAGUUGUUGACUGGAGGAAGUAUGAGCAAGAACAGGAGAAAAAUAAAGUUAAUCUGAAAAUAAUAGAAGAAAAGAGAAAGGAACACCAAGAAGCACAUCGGAAAGCCCGUGAGAAGUAUGGCACUUUGCACUGGAAGCAGAUAUCAUUUAAAAAGUACCUAGAAAGAAAAGAACAAAAACCAUUAAAGCCAAAGGAGAAAAUAGAAAGAGAUUCAAAUGUACUUCCUGUAAUUCUUAAAGGUGAUGUUGAUGGUUCCAUUGAGGCCCUUUUGAAUGUUGUGGAUAGCUAUGAUGCUUCGUACGAGUGUGGACUAGAAUUAGUACAUUUUGGAGUGGGUGAUAUUAGUGAAAAUGAUGUUAACCUUGCUGAAACAUUUGAUGGUGUUAUAUAUGGCUUUAAUGUGAAUGCAGGCGAUGUUAUCCUGCAGUCAGCUGCCAAAAAAGGAGUAAAAAUUAAACUUCACAAAGUCAUUUACCGUCUUAUUGAAGAUUUGCAGGAGGAACUGAGCAGCAGAUUGCCCUGCAUUGUGGAAGAACACCUAAUAGGUGAGGCUUCUAUACUAGCUACCUUCUCUAUAACAGAAGGGAAGAAAAAAGUUCCCGUGGCUGGCUGCAGAGUCCUAAAGGGACAGUUAGAAAAACAAAAAAAAUUUAAAUUAAUCCGUAAUGGACAUAUUAUAUGGAAGGGCUCAUUAAUUGCAAUGAAACACCAUAAAGAGGACAUUUCAGUCAUCAAAACUGGAAUGGAUUGUGGUCUCAGUUUAGAUGAAGAAAAGAUAGAAUUUAAGGUGGGAGAUGAAAUUGUUUGUUAUGAAGAAAAGGAAGUUCCAGCAAAGACUUCUUGGGACCCAGGAUUUUAAAAUUAGAAACAUAAAUGACUAAAUGUUUUGCUUUAUUAUACAGCAACUGGUUUUGAUUUAUUGAAGGUAAAAAUUCACCACUACGGGUCAAAAAGUACCUGAAUUGUUCUAUCAAGGGUUUCUAUGCAUUAGAAUAACUGUCAAAGGGCCAGCCCAUGGCUCAUUUGGGAGAGUGUGGUGCUGAUAACACCAAGGCCAUGGGUUCAGAUCCCUAUAUAGGGAUGGCCGGUUAGCUCACUUGGGAGAGCUUGGUGCUGACACCACCAAGUCAAGGGUUAAGAUCCCCUUACCUGUCAUCUUUUAAGGAAAAAAAAAAAAAAAGAAUAAACUGUCAAAUUCUACCGAAACAGUAACUCUUAUUUAAGGGUGCCUCCAACUAGAAAUCCUGUAGUGGAAAAGACCAGGAAUAUGGUAAAAGGGAAUUGUUAAUUAUUAGCUUAUCACUGAAUGUAAUAAUCCAAGUUUAAAUAACUUCCUUUAUGUGUAUGCUUUAGUUAAGAGUGGUAUCAAGCAAACCAGUCCUCCCUGAAUUGAGCUUCAUGGGCAAAAGUACCAAUCAAGUACUGCUUGAAAUUGUCUUAUUUUUCAGAGUUAACAGUACUAAUAAUCCUUCCUUUAUAGGAAUUUACUCUGAAUACAACAUUAAAGUUUAAAUAUCCAAGAGUUCAUACUCAACUUUGUACUGUAAAGCACAUUCCCUCGUACUGCAGACAGCAAACAUCCCACUGAAACCAUCCAGGGAAUCAGGAUGUAUUUUUGAAUUGGCAACUUAAACUUAGGCUUUAAAUUUCCUGUGACUGGGGUUUGGGGUGACGUGUGAAGCAGGCACUCCUGGCAAAAAAGGGGCUAGAGGUGAGGGAUGAUGUCCAUCCUAUCAAGCAUAGUAUAGCCUCCACAACAAAGAAUUAACUGGCCCAAAAUGUCUAUUGUGCUGAAGGAACUGACAGAAAUACAAACUGAGCUGACAUGAAAACACAACAUAAUUCUUCUGUCCAAGUAUAGGCAGUUUAAGACAUUAUUAUGAAGUGAAAAUAUCAAGACCUUUCCAAGUAGUUGGCACCUUUCCAAGUAGUUGGCACUUGGCAGGUACCCAGAACCACUGGGUCACACAAUCCCCAAAAGCAACAUUUACAUGAUGGCACUAUCAAAGGAAAUGGUGUGACCAUCAAUUUGCCACUCAAAAACUAUUCUUUAAAUCACAGCAAUAAA